AUGGACAUUUCUUCCCAUGUCCGAGAAGAGCUUGAUAAUCCUGCACCGGAAAGUCCUGACACUUAUACCCUGGAAGAACACAACACCGUAAUCCCAGAUGAGCAUUCUAUGGGCAAGACUCUACGAGAGUACAUAUAUCAAAGAAUUCAUCAAGAGAUCAAACGACCGGAAUGGCAGACGAUUCGAGUUACCGAUUCACUUCAAAGAGACCCUCCCGCAAUAAUAUCCUCUUGGGAAAUCAAGAAGCAGCCUACACCGUUCAACUUUCGGCGCCCGACAGCAACGAUUAUCGACGACUCGACGUUAGAAAUCCAUUGCUUCCCUUGUCCGGCCUUUGUCCGACACUACAGCAGAGUGAUCUCGACGUACUUACAAUUUGAAAAUAGAGCUACCAAGGUAGAAACACUCAUACCGACAGAUUUGGUAAGCGAGAAUGUCCUCCGGCAAUCGAAUCUCUCAGAACUUGGAGCAACAGAUGUUGUGAUUUUCGGUGAAGUCCACAGACUGACUCAACUCGUUUCUGGAAUUACAUGGGGCUCGCAACAUCCAAAUGGGCUAUUUGCCUGGCAUACCUUUGAGUCGGAAGGUGGCAAAAGUAUCACCCUGCUGGGGUGCAGAGAGAGUCUCUGGGGCGAAGCGGCAGGGUCCCUAGUCCGUAUACUACGGGAGUUCUCGAAGAUCCAGUGCCUUAUCUAUGUUAGCAAAGUUGGAUCUCUUGCAGAGAACGUUUCCGCCAACGAGAGAAUUGCCACGGGAUGCAGAUCGACAUUCGAAGACGAAGACAAAGAUAUAACUUGGGACGACCCUCUCCGAGACAUAAAGUUGAUAGCAUUGUCUGAUCUAGUCUUGCGGGGACGGCUUGUCUCGGUUCCGUCUCCGUUGUGCGAGACUAAAGAAUGGUUAGGGCAAUGGCAGGAGACUUGUGCCUGGGUCGACUGCGAAACAUGGCACAUGGCACAGGCAGCCAAGGACGUCAAAGUCAAGUUUGGUUAUUUACACAUCGUGUCGGACAACCUUGCAGAGGAGAAUGGCGAGAAUUUGUCAAAUGAGGACUGUAAUGGAAUCCAAAGUAAAAGGGAAAAAUUGUUUCGAGAAAUUGAGAUCAUUUUACGACAGUUCAUUAAAACUUGGGACACACAAAACGCUAUAAACACCAUAGUAACCGAGUCUACAUAG